AUGCGAUCAAAUUUUCUCUGUCUUUCAUCUAUAUUAUCCAUUAUAUUGUUCUUUUCUAAAAGUGCAUCUUGCAACCAACAUUUGGAUUCGAAUAGUCGAGAAAUACUCGAACUGCAUAGAAAAUACAGACAGGAUUUGGUUGAUUGUAAAGUUGAUGGACAACCUCCAGCUAAAUAUAUGUCACCAUUGAAAUGGAAUUACAAUCUGGCUGCACAAGCACAAAAAUUGGCGAACAAAUGCAUCUUGCAACACGACACACCUCAUUCGGAUGAAUUCUCUUGGGUUGGACAAAAUAUUGCUCUCCAUCCAACCAUUAAGUCAGGAGUAGAUGCUUGGUUCAAUGAGCACAAAUUCUACAACUACAUUCGAAACAAGUGUAUGGAAUGUUUGCAUUACACACAAAUGGUUUGGGCCAAGACCACAGACAUUGGAUGUGGAGUUGCGAGUUGUCCAAAGAACGGUCUAUCAAUCGUGUGUAAUUAUGGUCCAGGUGGUAAUUGGAAUAAUGAGAAACCAUAUGAAGUGAAAUCACGUGAAUUGUGCCCAAAAAUGCAGAAUAUUCCUAAAGACAGUUUUCAAACGAGGCGUGAUGAUACACUGC